AGAUACCGGAAGUAGGUGGAGCCUUCCCCUACUCCGGCCACAGACGCUGCGGUGAACUUUACCGGUGCUGAACUGCCCCCUCCCCUGGAACCAAUCCUUUAUCUUUCUACCAACCUCAGAGCAUGGGCAGUGUGCUAGCUGCCGCCUCCCCCACGUCCACCCCGGCUGCAGCUGGAGUGGGCCAAGGGGUGCCGGGGUUGGUUUCGGUGCCACCGGGUUUCACCAUGCCCGCUGUGUCUCCCGUCUCUCCAUCGUCAGAGCUGCAGAUAACAGACGCCACGCAGCCGUCACCGCUCCCCAACCCGGGCACGUACGAGGAGUGCCAUCGCAAAUGUAAAGAGGUGUUCCCUCUACAGAUGGAAGGUGUGCGGUUAGUGGUGAACAAGGGCUUGAGUAACCACUUCCAGGUCAGUCACACCAUCACGCUAAGCACGCUGGGAGACUCCGGAUAUCGUUUUGGCUCCACGUACGUCGGCAGUAAACAGACAGGACCUACCGAGUCUUUUCCCGUCAUGGUUGGUGAUAUGGAUAACACAGGCAGCCUCAACGCCCAAAUCAUCCACCAGCUUACCUCUGCCGUCCGCUCCAAAAUAGCCCUCCAGACCCAGCAGCACAAGUUCGUCAACUGGCAAUGUGACCUGGAGUACCGCGGCGCUGACUUCACCACCGCACUGACGCUGGGAAACCCUGACGUCCUCGUCGGCUCCGGAAUUGUCGUAGCUCAUUAUCUCCAGUCCAUCACGCCCGCGCUCGCACUUGGUGGCGAACUCGUAUACCACCGGCGACCGGGUGAGGAAGGAACGGUCACAUCCUUCCUGGGAAGGUAUACAGGUGACAACUACGUGGCCACACUGACAAUGGGAGGAGCCGGAUGUCACGCUACAUAUUAUCAUAAAGCCAACGAGCAGUUGCAGGUAGGUGUGGAGUUUGAAGCCAGCACGCGAAUGAAAGAGACCACGACAUCUUUGGGUUACCAGCUGGAUGUGCCCAAAGCCAACUUGCUCUUUAAAGGUACCGUGGACAGCAACUGGGUGGUAGGUGCCACGCUAGAGAAAAAACUGCCUCCCCUGCCGCUCACCAUGGCGCUCGGAGCGUUCCUCAACCACCGCAAAAACAAGUUCCAGUGCGGCUUUAGCGUUAUUAUCGGUUAGAGGGGCCCGUAGCCGCUGCCCUCAACGACCCGGCUCGCGGGGCGCCGCUCGGACCGACAAGGAGACACACAUCAUAUACACACAAAGGAACUCGGACUGAGUUUUUCCCAUUAAAUUCAGAGACGCUCUUUUUACUACUGUGAUUUCUGGGGGGAAGACGCCACAGAGAAGACCACCAAUAAGCCGGGACUGGCCGAGCCGCGCCUGCGUGGUGUUGCACACUCUUAUUUACUUCGGGAGGAACGUCGACGACGUGGUUGUCGUGUGAAAAUCAAACCAAGUCUGUGCUUAGACGUAAUAUAUGGUGAUGUGUUAUGGACGCAAAUAAAUGUCACUACUUUUUCUAAACAUGCCUGC